AUGGCGGCCUGGGUGUUCUGCAACCGAUGCUUCCAGCCGCCUCACAGCACGUCGCGCUUCAGCCUCACCAACUGCGGGCACGUGUACUGCGACGCGUGCCUGGGCCGGGGUACAAAGGAUGAAUGCUUGAUUUGUAAAGUUCCUUGUCGUACUGUUUAUCUUUCAAAAAAUAUGGACACAGAGAUCCAGGCCUUCUUCCAGGGCGUGGACAGCCUGUGCAGGAAGUACGCUCAGGAGACGGCGCAGAUUUCGGAGUUCCAAGAAAAGCACAGGAAGAGAUUAUUAGCCUUCUACAGAGAAAAGAUCUCUCAGCUGGAGGAGUCCCUCAGGAAGCUGGUGCUCCAGAUGGACCGGCCACAAAGUAUUUCUUCACAGCAACCGACGUUCGGCAUGGGCAGCUUGUCCGUGCCAAACACUGCUGUCCAGCCGAGGGGGUGUCUGCUGCUGCCGCCGGGCUCCUCAGCCCCUGACAGGGUGGAGUCAAUGGAAGUCGACAUUUCACCUUCUCCAGUAAGGAAACCUGAGGGGGCAGUCGGCCCCACAAGGAUGUCUCUGAUUAGCCCUCCCCAGGAUGGGCGCAUGGGCAGCGUCUCCUACCGGGGCCCUCAGCAUCUUGGCCUGACACCACGGCAGACUCACACGUCAAAGGCUCCCAGGUUCCCAGCACUACAGGUGCCCCUCAAGGGGCCUACGCAAGCCUCAGUCACCCGAGUGGCCAGAGGCAGUUCCCCCAGCCCUGGCAGUGCCCAGGGCCUGCUCACCCCGGAGCUGGCACACACCGAAGAUGAGCCGCCUUUGGAAUGCUCCCUCCAGGAACUCUGA